AUGAUAUCGGUGGGAGGGGCUACUGUAAUCAGUUCAACCAGCGACAAUACCCCAUUCCACUUUCUUGUUAUUUUAUGUUCUGUUUGGCAUUUGGAUUCUCUACCCGAAGAAGUGUGAACGGAUAACAGCUACUCCAUAAUUGUGUCGUUUCUUAUUGGUCUCUCAUGUUCUCCGAGUCAAAUGGCAUCAGCCCUUCUCUCCAGAACUCUCUUUGCCCAUCGCUUUGUUCAAUCUUCAAUAUCUCUCGUACACAGGCCCCAUAUCUUCACAUCAUUGUUUAAUAAGAGACCAUUUCACUUGCAGGCUGCUCCCACUCAUUUGUCAUAUAAAUUUUCCAGUUUUUUUUCUUGUAAUAUCGCUACACCAAUAAUUGGGUCACAAACUUCUUUCUCAACACUGUCCAUGACGACUAAUGAACCUGUUGUUUCGGUUGAUUGGCUACACGCAAACCUCCGAGUGCCUGACAUGAAGGUGUUGGAUGCAUCCUGGUACAUGCCAGAUGAACAGAGAAAUCCAAUUCAGGAGUAUCAGGUUGCCCACAUUCCUGGUGCACUUUUCUUUGACAUAGAUGGGAUAUCAGAUCGAACUACUAAUCUACCACACAUGUUGCCGUCAGAAGAAGCUUUUGCUGCUGCUGUUUCUGCUCUUGGUAUUGAGAAUAAAGAUGGAGUUGUUGUUUACGAUGGAAAGGGAAUUUUCAGUGCAGCUCGUGUUUGGUGGAUGUUCCGAGUUUUCGGCCAUGACAGAGUCUGGGUUUUGGAUGGAGGCCUGCCAAGAUGGCGUUCUUCAGGAUUCGAUGUUGAAUCUAGUGCUUCUGGUGAUGCAAUUUUGAAAGCUAGUGCGGCCAGCGAGGCAAUAGAGAAAGUGUAUCAGGGACAGACAGUUGGGCCAAUUACCUUCCAAACCAAGUUUCAGGCACAUCUUAUCUGGACAAUUGAACAGGUUAAGAAGAACAUUGAGGACAAAACACAUCAACACAUAGAUGCCCGCUCAAAUGCUAGGUUUGAUGGGGCUGCACCAGAGCCUCGGAAAGGAUUAAGAAGUGGCCAUGUACCAGGAAGCAAGUGCAUUCCUUUCCCCCAGAUGUUGGAUGGCUCACAGGCACUCUUAUCGGCAGAUGAGCUCAAGAAAAGAUUUGAUCAGGAAGGCAUCUCUUUGGACAGCCCUAUUUUAACAUCAUGUGGCACUGGUGUAACUGCUUGCAUCCUUGCAUUGGGUCUCCAUCGACUUGGGAUGACUGAUGUUCCGGUAUAUGACGGGUCAUGGACAGAAUGGGCAGCACAAUUGGACGCAUCCGUCUCAACUUCUGAAGUGAUGCAAAAGUAAACUGAAAAUUGGCCACUAGUGGCCAGAGAUUGUGACUAAGAGAUUACAUCUUCCACCGACGAACUAAGUUUCUGUAGUCUUUUAUUUUUUGUGAUUUGCUGAGUGUUGUGUGAACUGCACAUCAUGAGCCUUAAAACCGAAAAAAUAAUGGUAAUCGUUAUUUUGUUUUUUGUUCUUUUCUUUUAUUUUUG